AUGCUGUGCAACCAGCCUCGCCAGACCAUGACCCUUGGUGACUUCAUCGCUGAGCUGCGUGACUUGGAUGUUGGGUCACCCAUGAUUGACGAGGUGAUCGUAUACAUGGCCGCGUCAAGUUGGGUUCAACUUUGGCGACACAAGGGCUCCGACGAGACAUGGAUUAGCAUUGCCCCUACCUAG